UUGUUGACUGUUGUGUAUUUUUUCCUUUCGCGAUCGAUUUUUGUGUUGAAUUGUUUCGUUUACGUCACCUAUUUCCAUGUGAUGUAAAUAAAUAUGGAUCUCGCUAAAUCUUUGUUUAACUUGCGUGACCAUGAGGGAUAUGUGGGGCGGGAGGAACAUGAACGUAAAAUUAGUGCUGCAUUAGCUGACGAUGAUCCAGAAGACGUGAUAGAUUCUAUAAGAGGCCUAAACGUCGCCGAUGAACUACUUCCAGCCCCAGGAGGGCCCUUUUCUGCAUUAACGCCUAGCAUGGUACCUCAGGAUAUAAUGGCUAAACUCGCUCAGCCAGAGUCUGAUGGGCAAGGUGGGCUACCGGACUACAGAUUUGACGAGUUUGGCUUUUGUGUCGACGAAGAGGACGGUCCAGAGCAAAGCUCAAACAAACUACUAGCAAAUGCUUUUGUGGAGGAUGAUCAACAUCGCUUACAGUGGGAGUUCUACAGUAAAGAAAUAAGUUUCAGUGAUGAUGAAAAUAAACUUCAGAAAACUGACAAAUUACGAAAGAUGGUCAAAGAUGGCAUUCCUCAUUCUCUUCGUCCCCAAGUUUGGAUGCAUCUGUGUGGUGCUAAUAAAAAGAGAGCUACUACAGAGAUUUCAUAUCAUGAGAUUGUAAAAGCCUCUAGCGAUGACGGCCUAGUAACCAGUAAGCAAAUAGAAAAAGAUUUGGUUCAAAUCCUGCCAAACAAUGUGUGCUUCUCACAUCCAACGAGCACUGGAGUCCCGAGGCUACGAAGAAUAUUAAGAGCACUGGCUUGGCUUUAUCCCGACAUUGGGUACUGUCAGGGCACCGGCAUGAUUGCAGCAUCCCUCCUUCUACUUAUGGAGGAAGAAGAAGCCUUUUGGAUUAUGUGCACUACUGUAGAGGAUUUGCUACCAGCUUCAUAUUAUUCCUCGACACUUAUCGGCAUCCAAGCAGAUCAGAAAGUUCUCCGCAGUUUGAUUUAUACUUAUCUUCCUGGUAUAGACCAAGUUCUUAACGCACAUGAUAUUGAACUUUCUCUGAUUAGUAUGCACUGGUUCCUGACUUUGUAUGCAAAUAUAGUGCACAUGAAGAUACUUCUCCGAAUUUGGGAUUUGUUCUAUUUAGAUGGCUCCAUUGUUCUUUUCAAGGUAACACUAGCAAUGCUAAAAAUAAAAGAGAACAGGUUUAAUGAGAUUUCAAACUCAGCACAGAUUUUUAAUGCUCUAUCAGAUAUUCCUGGAGAGAUAGACAAUGUUGAUCUGUUGAUAAACACUAUUGAUGAAGUCUGCGGUGAGACCUUGAGUGCAGCAUUAAUAGAGACACACAGAAGGAGACAUUUAGCCUAUUUAAUGGCAGACCAGGGUGCCCUAGUAGGUGACCCGAGUGUUGUUCCAAAUCUUCCUAAGCAGCAGCUCCAGAGACGCCAAAUAAAGCGAAACAAAUCAGUCUUACAAUCAAUUUUAUUCGGAGAUGAUAGUAAUGACGAGGAUUCAGUGUCUAAAAAUGUUAAACAGACAGAAAUUUUAGUAGAUUUGAGAGAAGCCAUUUUACAAGUUGCCCGUCAUUUUCUUGCCUUAGAACCUCAACUUGCAUCAGAUGUGCAGCUAACAGCAGACUAUACCAUGCAAAGUCAUGCUGCAGACAGGGAAAGGUAUGUAAAUGUUUCAAAAAGUAAGAGAAGAAGAGCUAAAGCCCUGCUGGACUUUGAAAGGAGAGAUGGGGAUGAAUUGGGAUUUCGAAAGAAUGAUGUAAUUGAAGUUAUAAGUUCCCGAGAUGAGCAUUGCUGGAUUGGUGAGCUGAAUGGUUUGAGAGGCUGGUUCCCAGCAAGAUUUGUCAAAUUACUAGAUGAAAAAGGUGUUAAAUAUAGCAGAGCUGGUGAUGAUUCAGUUACAGAAAAAGCUGCACAUUUAGUGAGAGGUGUUCUAGCUCCAGCUUUCAAAAAAGUUUUACUGCAUGGUAUCAGAAAACCUAGCUUUCUCGAUGGACCAUGCCAUCCAUGGCUAUUUAUAGAGGAAGCGUCAUCAAGAGAAGUAGAAAAAGAUUUUAACUCCGUUUACAGCAGAUUGGUUCUCUGCAAGACUUAUCGCUUGGAUGAGGAUGGCAAAGUUCUCACCCCAGAAGAAUUGUUAUAUAGAUGCGUGCAAGCUAUUAACUUGUCUCAUGACAAUGCUCAUGCACAGAUGGAUGUAAAAUUGCGUACUUUAAUUUGUAUGGGAUUAAAUGAAGAAGCUUUGCAUCUUUGGCUAGAAGUACUCUGCUCCUGUGUAGAUGUUGUACAAAAGUGGUACUAUCCAUGGUCCUUUAUUAAUUCUCCAGGAUGGGUACAAAUAAAGUGUGAACUUAGAAUAUUGUCUCAGUUUGGCUUCAAUUUGAAUCCUGACUGGGAAUUGCCCUUAAAGAAAGACACACAAAAUCAACCUUUAAAGGAAGGUGUCAGAGAUAUGCUUGUGAAGCACCAUUUAUUCUCUUGGGACCUAUAAGACCAAAAAUGUUAUACAGAAAACUAUCAAGUGCGCCUAGCUUUUGAAAUCUUUUAAGAUCUCUCUAAAAGUUAAAUCUUUUUGUUUUUAAUUUUAUAUAGAUGUUAAUUCCUUUGUAAGCUUAAAUUUUUAUUU